AUGGCUUGGUUUGUAAUGCCUGUUGUUCUAAGAAAGAUGCACAAGUAUGCAUCAGAAGGUACUCUCAGGACACUCUGGAGACACUCUUCUAAGAAACAUGUGUCUUAUGAAACAAGCUUGUGGAGUGCACUGGAAGAUCCUGCAAAAUAUAUGAUCACAUUUAUGGCAUUUUCGCAGAUGGCUGCAGUUAUUGAACCAGGCAUUUCAGCUUAUCUUCCACAGGCAUACAAGGGGGCAUUUGCUGUAUCUUUUGUGUGGUUCCUUCACAGGUGGAAGACUAACUUCAUUGGACAUGCUAUGGCCAAACAAACUGCUACAGGAAUUGACCGUGAAAGAUUGUCAGCAUUUGAUAAGGUGUCAUCGCUAGGACUGAUGGCACUUGGAGUUAUAGCUCUUGCUGAAGCUUGUGGUGUACCUGUGCAGUCAAUAUUAACUGUUGGUGGUGUUGGAGGUUUUGCUACUGCUUUUGCGGCAAGAGAUAUCCUUGGUAACAUGCUGAGUGGAUUCUCUCUACAAUUUUCAAGGCCAGUCGUAGUUGGAGACUACAUCAAGGUCCCUGGUUAUUUAUCUAACGAACCUUUUGCACUCUAUUUUUUUUCUGGAACCAAAUUCACGUGA